AUGUUCCGCCCCAGUGGAAGUGGCUUCCGCCAGCAGUUGACUGGCCUCACGCUGAAGGGUGCUCUGUAUGGCUCUUGGAUCCUGGGCGUGUUUCCCUUCACCUACGACAGCUGGACGAGGAAAUUGCAUCGUUCCAAGUGGUUAAUUGUGUAUGGCCUUGUCCUGAAUGUGGCCUUUAUUCUGCUGGUGGCCACCAAUGACACGGAGAGCGAGACGCCGCUGAAAAUGCAGGUGUUUCAUCGGAACGCACUGGCGGAGCAGAUAAACCGAGUUCACGACAUUCAGAGCCUCUCGAUGGUGUCCAUAAUGCUGCUGCGGGGCUUCUGGAAGAGCGGUGAGAUUGAGAGGAUCCUGAACGAGCUGCAGGACCUCCAGCAUCGCCACUUUCGCCACUAUUCGGUGGAGGAAUGCUGCAGCUUCGACAGGUUUGUCCUGUACAAGGGUGUCUCGGUGAUUCUGGAACUGAUAUCCAUGCUGAUUCUGGAGAUGGGAAUGUCGCCGAACUUUAGUGCCCAGUUUUUUAUAGGACUCACCAGUUUAUGUCUGAUGAUGCUGUCUGUCCUCUUGGGAGCCCUGCAUUUUCACCUGGCAGUGGUUUUCGUCUACCGAUAUGUGUGGAUUGUGAAUAGGGAGCUGCUCAGGCUGGUGAACAAACUGGCGAGUGGAGAAGAUGUGGAGCCUGAGAGGGUGGACUACCUCCUAGAUCUCUACCACCGUCUUUUGGAUAUCAGCAAUCGACUGGCAUCCAUCUACGAUUACCAGAUGGUCUUGGUUAUGGCCAGUUUUCUGAUCGCCAACGUUUUGGGCAUCUACUUCUUUAUCAUCUUCACCAUAAGUCUGAACAACAAGGUAGACAUCAAGUUGGCGGUCUUUGUCCAGGCUUUGAUUAUCAACAUGAUUGAUUUCUGCCUGACCAUCGAGGUCUGCGAGUUGGCUGAGAGAACUGGAAGACAAACGUCGGCCAUCCUAAAGUUAUUCAAUGAUAUAAAACAUUUGGAUGUAAAACUAGAGAGAAGUAUCUGCGACUUUGCCCUGUUCUGCAGCCAUCGCAGGCUGAGAUUCCAGCACUGCGGCUUGUUCUACGUAAACUACGAGAUGGGCUUUCGCAUGGCCAUCACCAGCUUCCUGUACCUGCUGUUCCUCCUUCAGUUUGAUUUUUGGAACCUGUGA